GAAUGACUUGUGGGGUCACCUUGUAAGUGAGCAGCUGGUUGGUUCACUUCUGCUUCCAUCGCCGACGCCUUCCAUAGCUCCAUCCCCAAAUAUUUUCUCUUCCUUUCCUCACGUCUUCCUCAUGCGUCGCUAAGGCUGGAACCUUGCGAUUGAAAGGUGGUGCGUAGGUAGGCGAGGCACAGCUUUGGGUCCUCACGCCACACAGGAGACAACACACUUGCACGGCACCUGCUCGACCGAAUGUCCAAGAGCUAGAAACCGGCAUGUCCAGGUCUAACGGGCGCUUGGGCGCCGGCGACAGGAUCAGCGCCCUCCCGGACGAGCUAAUCCACAAUGUGAUGUCCUGCCUGACGGCGCAGGAGGCCGUGCAGACAUGCGUGCUGGCGCGGUGGUGGCAGAAUGUCUGGGCAUCUGCAAGGUGCCUCAACCUUGACUCUGCCAGGUUCACCGGGUUGCAGAGGUUCAAGAAGUUCGUCGACAGUUUGAUCGUGCACCGUGGGUGCACACCGCUGGAUGCGUUCUGGGUCCGCACCGCUUUCGACAACUCCGGUUUGGAUAAUUUCACUGAUUAUGCUGAAAUUCACCCCUGGGUCUGCCACGCGCUUAGGAGCCACGCUCAGGUUCUUGGCAUAGUUCAUGAUGGGGAUAUGCUUACUAUCAGAGGAACCUUCGCCUCGUCGCACCUGAAGAGGCUACACCUUUGUUAUUUCUAUAUUGAUAACCGGACUGUCGAGAUGCUCUUUUGUGGCUGCCCGGUGUUGGAAGAGCUAGAGCUCAUAAAUUGUUUUGUCACUGCCACGACAUUUUCCUCUACAACACUAAAGAGAUCGACAGUUACCUUUCCUGAUCGUGAGUUGUACAAUGAGGAUUUUCAGGAUCUUUCAAUAGAUAUGCCAAAACUGGUCUCCUUAUACAUAAAAGAUUUCAGAGACAGAGCUCCUCAUCUUGUGGAUGUGUCGUCGCUGCAAAGUGCCUCAAUUUACCUUAAUUGCUUUGCUUUCGAAGGCUCUGAUUCUGACACUAAUGUUCUCCGUGCUCUUUCAAACGCCACUAGCUUGGAGUCGCUGUCUCUAACUCUCCACGAUGAAGCAAUACAUGUAUUAGCGAGGGAUCUAACAAGGUGCAAGCCAUUCAGAAACCUGAAAGCUCUAUCACUUGGUGAAUGGUGCUUGAACGCUGGCGGCAACACGCUGCUCUACUGGAUUCGAUGUUCCCCUAACAUAGAGAAACUUAUCCUGCAUCUUUCACGUCCUGGAUCUUAUUACUAUGCACACCCUGAGGAAUAUACUGCUGCCGAGGUAGACCCUGCCUGCAAUGGGACAGAAACGACACCUAGAUGUAUAAAUCUUAAGAAAAUUGAAAUCCACUGCCCAAGAGGCGAUAAAAGAGUCCACUUCAUCGUGAAGAUCUUACUUGCCAAUAUUACCUCUCUCCCUGAAAUCAAUAUCAAGCAAUAUAACAUUUGAAACAUAUUGGAUUAACUAGCCCUAACCGGUUACUUUUGGGUUUUCUAUUAUUCAUCAGUCUUCGUGUUGUGGGUAUUAGUUAAAAUUACCUGGGUUCGUGGUUUUUUGUUACAGAAACAGCUAUACAUGUGUUUCUCUGCAAUUUACUCUUAGUAUUAUCAUUAUUGAAGAAUUUAA